AGCCAGGCGUCUAGUGCACGCAGUGGUCUGCAGCAGGGAGGUAGUGCUAGUGAAAUUAAAAAAAAAAUCAUGAGCGUGGCAACACUGGUCCAGCCGACGGGGGAGAUGUGGGAGAAGAUCAGGGUGGAGCUGAACGAGAACCAGAACACCAAGGAGCAGGACCUCGCCACUAUCAAGGAGUGGCUGAGGAAGCAGCCGCAUCUGCCUGAUGAAUUCGAUGAUCGUUGCCUGAUGUCCUUCCUCCGCGGCACCAGCUACUCGCUGGAGAAGUGCAAGCGGAAGCUGGACAUGUACUUCACCAUGAGGACAGCCUGCCCGGAGUUCUUCACAGACCGGGACAUCACUCGACCGGAACUGGACAAUGUUAUGGCUAAAGUACAAGGGGCACCUCUGCCAGGGUUAACACCGAAUGGACGACGAGUAACUAUUUGCAGAGGUCUAGACAAGGAUAUCAAGAUGGACGUCCUCAACAACGUGUUCAAGUUGGCGCUGAUGAUCGGUGACGUCAGACUGAUGGAGGAGCUGGAGGGGGUUGGUGGGGACAUCUACGUGCUGGACGCGGGCGUGGUGUCCCCCACACACCUGGCACAGCUCAGCCCCACUGCCAUCAGCAAGUUCCUGGUGUGCGUGCAGGAGGCGUACCCGGUGAAGCUGAAGGAGAUCCACAUAGUGAACACGUCGCCGCUGAUAGAGAAGCUCAUCAACAUCAUCAAACCCUUCCUCAAGGAGAAGAUAAAGAACAGAAUUUUCAUCCACUCGGAGAUAAGCUCUCUGUACGAGCACAUCCCUCAGAAGAUGCUGCCGGAGGAGUACGGUGGUAGCGGCGCCUCACUCGUGGAGAUCAAUAAUGCGUGGAAAGACAAGCUGGCGACCUACACCACCUACUUCAAAGACCAGGAAUCCCUGAAGGCGGUAGAGGAGCUCCGACCGGGGAAACCCACCAACUACGACGAGCUCUUCGGCAUCGAUGGCUCGUUCAGACAACUCUCUAUAGACUAGAGUCUAGACUACAGAGGUAGAGCUUCCUAAAUCGUGGAGUAUUCAGAUCGAAAUAUAGGGUUCCAAUAGGGAAUAUUAUUCAAAAGUCGGAGCAGAGUGCGUUACUAGCACAUACUGUAAAUAAUCCGACCAAAAUCCGACUAAGGGCCGAUUCACACC